AUGUGUCCUGAUAACGCAAGAGAGAAUGGCGUGGACAUUAUUGUAGUCAUAUUAACUACCUGGAAUGUUCGAAAAGAAAGAAUAUGGAACAAGAACAGAAAGAAAGCUACCCGUGAUGGUGACAGUCAAGUUCGAACGGAAGAGGACUACAUCAGGAUGCGUAGGAGGACUGUUGGUGGAUAUCCCUGCAUCACUCUCUUCGCUUAUGCUCACAAUGUCGACUUGUCACAGGAGGCUUUCAAGCAUCCUUUAGUUCAGGAAUGCAUAGCGGUGGGCUGUGAUCUUGCUUGGAUCCACAACGAUAUUGUAUCAUACAAGAAAGAUGUUAAGUCCGGAAUCGAGCACAACUUUGUCACUGUUCUGAAAAAGAACGGAUUCACUACCCAACAAGCAAUGGACAGAGCGGGCGAGCUCCAGGAUGAAUGUUACCGUCGAUGGUAUCUCGCGCUGGUGAGCAUGCCCGUCUGGGGAGAAGCUAUUGACCGUGAAGUGUUGAGAUACAUCGAGGCAUGCCACAGCUUCCCCCUUGGAGACUUGCUCUGGAGCUUCCAGACGGGUCGAUACUUGGGGGCUACAGAGGGAUACAAGUUGCAUGAGACGAGACUUUUGGAUCUAUCAGACUUGGAACCUAUUGCUUCUUAG